AACGGUCAUCUCUCUCUCUCUCUCUCUCUGUUUCAGAUUUUGAAUUUGAACAUUUGAACCCAAAACCCUCUUCCCCCAAAAAAAUCAAAAUCUCAAUCUUUUUCAGAUUUUGCACCCGAGCUUCCCACACAACCAUCAAAAUCUCAAUCUUUUUCAACCCCAAUUCUUUAUCUCAAUUCGUGGUCUCUUUGAUUCUGUACACAAAUCAAGUCUCCACUCUCACGCUCUUGGUACAGAUAACAUAAGAAAAGAAAUGGGGGAACCAAGGAGUAUUGCAAUUAUUGAAACUGUAUAUGGGCAUUAUGACGGUAUAUGUUGGGGAAAAAUUGAUCUUGGAAACAUUACGGGCUUUCAAAGCCUCGUGAGAGAGAUUGAAUGCAGGGUGAGAGAGGUUUCCCAUAAAGUGACUAAAGAAUACAAGAAUCAUGUUGUUUCUGCAUUGGAUCCUUUGUUUGAAUUUAAUGUCAAUUACGUGGAUUUGACCGAUAAAAGCCUUAAUAUCAUGACAACUCCGUGGGCGCUCUUCAGAUCAAGAAUUGAUGAAAUAGGUAUCACUCGGAAAUAUGAUGUGCCUAAUCGUAGAAAGAUUCCUAUUGAAGGAAUUGAUCAAAUUAUGAAAUUGGACAUUGGAGCAAUUGAAGAUUUCUUUUCCUUCUAUCGUGCUCUCCAAUUUUUAGGUUCUGCAUACACAAAUACAGAUCCUGAGGAUCAUUUCACUUCUGAAGAGCCUUGGGAAGGAUAUAGUCUAUAUCUGCUAUCCGAUCAAAACAUCAUUGUCACACCUCACUGGGUUUGGAGGUCGGCUGGACAGUUAUGGGAAGAAAGGAAAUUAUUAGAGUUUGAUACUGCAACAGUUGCCUCUUCCAUGGAUUCCAAUAACGAAGAAGACGAAUUGAUGGCAGUGAACGCAGAAAUUGAUGAUGCUUCUUCUGUUGUAGCAGGGAUCGAUGAUGCUUCUUCGACGGACGAUGAUGCUUCUGAGAUGGCAGGAAAUAUAGCAGGGGUUGAUAAUGGUUCUUCGACUGAUGAUGAUGAUUCUGAGAGUGCAGGAAAUGUUUUGGUGUCAGGGAUUGGUUUUUCUUCUUCUUCUGAAGAAGAUGAGGUAGAUGACUUCUUACAGUGGGAAACCAAACAUGUUACUGAAUGGGGAGAGGUGAAGAAGAUGCUUACCAGGAUUGUUGUCAAACCAAAGUUACUAAGUGGCUAGAUGUGCAAGCUAUUGUUUAUCAAGGUGGAUAUGGAGGAGAAUAUGGUGGAACUGGAACCACCACUGAUUUCCAGAGGCAAAUAUUGGAUGAAGUAGAGAUACGAGAAUUGCUCAUUGAUCAUGUUGGUUAUGGUUGCUGCUGGGGAAGUCGUCCAGCUCGGACGUGGAAGAUUCAUACGGUUGAAGACUGCAAUGUUUAUGUAGGAACUCUAGAUACGUUUAUAGAGGAAAGGGAACUUAUAACAGAAACAGAGGUCUACCUCGGUGGAAAUAUUGAUGGAAAGGAUAAUGGACCUGAACCCUGGAAUCUGGGAAUUGGAUUUAAGGUCUCAGUUCCCUCUCCUGUUUACAUCUUACGAAGAAUCACAGGCAAAAAUUCCCCAUUCUGAAACCAUUGAGAAAUGCUCAGGAUGUGAUAGACGGGGAAAUAUUGUCUGUCUUACAUGCAAUGCAAACCAAGAACCUAGAUUUUAUAAGGAAAAUCAGAUGACUGAAUUCCCUGCUUGUUAUGGAAGAGGUUUAAUUGCCCAUAGAGAUGGGUCAGACACAAAAUGUGUGAAAUGUAACGGCAAGGGAAAGAUUUGAACUUGUGCAUCUCGUGGACUAAGUAAAUGUGAGACAUGUAAUGCGAGUGGUUCUCUUCGGUCACGCAAGGUCACCAUUGUUCAAUGGAAGACACUUUCAACUCGAAAAGUUAGUGUAACAAGUGGAGCAGCAUGAGUUCCUGAUGAAUUUUUCCGCAGAGCCAAAGGUGUCCUGUUGUGCAACACUCAGGCAUAUCAAUGCACUCCUGCCUCUUUUGCUGACUCUUUCUCCCUCGACAAGUUUUCUUCUGAAGUUAUUGCGGAGAGAGCACCUGUACCUCCCUCUCAUAUGUGAGAGGCAUACCAUCUCUGCGCUGCCAGUUAAUCGAUCCUUCAGUUUCUAUAUUAUUGGCUUUAGCAGGGAGGUCUACUUGAAGGACUAUUAUCCUUCUAGGUUUUGUUGGGGGCUAUGUCCUUGCUUGUAAUGGUUGAAGCUGUAAUUAGGCAAAUUUUCAUCUUCAAGAGAGUUCUGUGAUCUUUGCUUCCUUUGCCAUGCAAUAAGUUGUUGGAUUCUACCUUUAUGAUUUUGGGGACCAUAAUUUUCUUUUGUCAGUAAAUAUUUGGUUUGCUUUGAUGCACUUGUGUGUUAACUGUUAAGCUAAAAUAUAUCAUGGGGUUUCUAUUA